GGCCUACAGUGCAGUCAGGUCAAAAGCAUCACAGUUUCAACCAGGGGGGAUAUAUAUGUGCAGAGACGCAGGCAGUCAGCAGCAGAGGACCAACACACCACAACACAACAGCUGCUACGACUUCACCUGUCAGCCAUGAAGAUUGUCCACAUAGGUCCAGAUCCAUCUCUGGCAUAUCGGCCAAAUUUGGAGAUGAAUGAAACCAAAGAGAAGGAGGACUCCAGAAAUUUUGAGAAUGGAAGUCUAUUCGACCGUGUCUUCAACACAUACACCCUGAUGCACACCAACCAAACGCUGGAGUUUGUAAAGCGAAAGCAUGUUGAAUGGACCAGCUACAACCACGCUAGGAUGGGGAUGAUGGACGCCAUCAUGUCUCUAGAUCAGCUGGUGGAUGAGUCUGAUCCUGAUGUGGACUUUCCCAACUCCUUCCAUGCCUUCCAGACAGCCGAAGGCAUCCGCCAGGCACACCCAGACAAAGACUGGUUCCAGCUGGUGGGUCUGAUCCAUGAUGUUGGAAAGAUCAUGGCUCUUUGGGAUGAACCCCAGUGGGCUGUAGUGGGUGACACCUUCCCUGUGGGCUGCAAAUUUCAAAACUCCAUUGUGUUCAGAGAGAACAGCUUCCAGGACAACCCAGAUGAUAAAAAUCCCAGUUACAACACAGAAUAUGGAAUCUAUGAACCAAAAUGUGGCCUUGACAAUGUCUUCAUGUCCUGGGGCCAUGAUGAAUAUCUCUACCGAGUUAUGAAGUUCAACAAGUGCUCCAUCCCAGAGGAAGGGCUGUACAUGAUUCGCUUCCAUUCCUUCUACCCCUGGCAUUCCCAUGGAGACUACAUGCACCUGUGCAAUGACAAAGACCUGAAAAUGCUGCCCUGGGUCAACGAGUUUAACAAAUUUGACCUGUACACAAAAACCACCGAGAUGCCUGACGUCGACAAGCUGAAGCCGUACUACCAGUCUCUGAUUGACAAGUACUGUCCUGGAAUACUGCAGUGGUGAAACAGAAAACAAAGUCAGCAGCAAACCAUGUUGUCAGAAAUCAGCCAAUAAUAAUACUCAUACGACAUUAUUUAAAUAAAAAAGUUCAAUAAGUAACUUAGGUGAAAAUAUGUAUUAUCAACAAAAUGUACUGACAGUAUCAUAGGUAAAAUUAAUGAAUCUGCAGAAUAAUGUUUCCCCCUCAGCAUUUUACUGUUAUUUAUGAUGUAAAGAGAAGUAUAAAACUGCAAUUAACGAAAACACCUAAAUACCACACUUAAGUAAAUGUACUUAGCUACAUUCCAUCACUGCAUAUUAAUCCAUAUAUUGAGUUUGAAACUGUCUAGAUUAUGGGUAUCUGCAAUCCUUAUCACAUGCUUUUUAAAAAUGAUGCUCACAUAUACCUCAUAAUUAUUAUUCAUUGUAUACAAUAACAGAUGUACAAACACAUUUUUAUUUUAUUGUAUUUUGAUGUUAUAAAACAUUCUAAAAGAA